GUGGCCUUGGAGAUGGUAAUGAUGGACGAUUUAUAGAACAGCAAUCUUUUGAGCAAGAUUACGAUAACUUUGAACCCCAUAACGGUUGGAGACCUAUUCAUAAUAAAAUAAAAGGAUCGGAUAUAUUAGAGAAUCAGUUUAGGAUAAGGCCUUCAGUGAAGAAGGUCCCCGGUUAUGGUACGAAUCGAGUACCAGUGACUUCUAAUAGUUACCAAAAAUCAUAUAAGCAACGACCAGUGUAUAAAAAAAAGCAGCCUCAGCGAUUUGCUGACGAUCCAUAUACACGAAGAUUAGUUGAAAAUAAACGACCUUUAAGGGUGUUUGAUGAUGAUGAUGAUGAUGUACAACCAUUAAAGACUCGCGGAAAUAGCAAAAGACCUUUAAGGUUAAAUGGAGAAAAAGGGCGAUUAUCAUUUAAUAAUAUACGCAAUAAUAAACCAGCGGCUGUUCUUGACGAAGACACAGACGAUGCUGAUGAACCUAGGCCUUUACAAUCAAGACGGUUUCCAACUAAAAAGCGACAAGUGUGCCAGAAAAUGAAAAAAUCUAUGACACCAAACGAUAUUGAGGAUCAUGACAUUAUAGGAAGAAAAAUGUCAUGCAUGGUGUGUAAAGACUUACCUUCAGGUGGUUCAUAUGAAAAAUGUUCAUACACGUCAGACCCCAUUUCUGAUGAAUAUUUUAAAGAACCAGAAGAAUCGAAUAAAUUUAAAAAAAAUAGAUUUAAACGCAGAGUUGUAUAUGACAGAAAACGAAAGCAACCCGAAAGUGGCGAAGAAGUAGAAGACUAUGAAUAUGACAAUGUCAAUGCUCAAGAAUCGGAAGAAGAUCCAGAGUAUGUUCAAAAUGCAGAUGCCGUAGCCGAAUACGAUAGUGAAGAUCCAGAGAAUUACGAAACGGCUGAAAAUGAAAGUGAAGAAUAUAGAUUGCCACCAUUGCCGUCAAAAUCGUCUACCUGUCGUAAAGUAAUGAAAAAAGGGAAUGUAUGUAACGUAUGCCAAGACAAUUUGACAAAUAGACAGUAUGAACAAUGUGAAUAUGAAGAUGAUCCAAAAAAGAACGCCUAUGAGUAUUCCACACGUAAUGUGUACGGUAAGCCAAGGUACAAAAGACAAUUAGACAGUGACCGAACUUACGAUGAUUACUUUAAAAAGCUGUUCCCGGAGCUGGGCUCAAACCGGAAGAGUAGUAUCGCCACUAAGUUUUCGUCUAAAGAUGGAGACUUUGGAUUUUUAGACAAUGGACAAAUCGGUUUUAAGAAAACAAAAUCUUUGUUGCUCGGCGAUAAAGAUUUAUCAAUUGAUUUCAAUUCAGGUGAAGAAAGCCCAGUGAACAAGAUGUUGGGUGAUUUUCGUAACAAAGAUCGGUCGAACUGCAAGAAAUCUCUUAAAGAUAAGAUGACGUGUUACAAGUGUAAGGAUGAUACGGGUUCGGAGACGGAGGAAUGCAUGUACAUUACGGAUAGCGCACCGAAAGAUAGGAAACAGUCCUAUCACGAAACGAAAAAAUUCAAUUCUAGCCCAGAGGUGGUAAAAUCUACGACAGAUGCGAACAAAUCAAAUGAGAAUCACAAGCAACAGCAGCCUGCCUCGUCAUCGCUGACACACGUCUAUGCUCCGUUGUUUGGGUCCAAUUAUGAGCCAACGGCACAGUACUCGCACAUUCGGCCGCGGUACAAGAACAGAAAUUACAGACUUCACAGGAAACCGGUGACUGAAGAACUCGCCGAAUCCACUGAGGAUGAUGAUCAGGCAGAGGCGCAAAGCGUAGAGGAGUACGACUACGCGGACGAUCCGAGUAGUAAACAGGUAUCGAGACACGACUUGCCCGACGUAGAUCCGUUUGGGCCCGAGGGAGCGUACAGCGAGGAAACAGUGCCGGUCUAUGACCCGACAUUAAGAACUUGGCUACCAAGAUAUAUGGUAGUUAAGUCUUCAGAAGAAGCAAUGGUUGACGCGGAACUAGGGUUCGAUUAAAACGAAAUCACGACGUAGGUAGGUACCUAAAUGCAACUUACUUACAGUAUUUUACGUUCAAGGCGGUAUCAAACAAACAUUUAAUAUAUUAUAUAUCUAUUUAUGAGUCAGAAUAUUAUACUUAUUAUAUAUACUGGUGGUAUGAUAAGGGAAUUAAUUAAUGGAUUAUUAUUGUUAUUGUUGUUGUUGUUGUUGUUGUUAUUGUGUUAUUAUUAUUAUUAUAAAUUUGUAUAUUGUAUAUCGAGAUUCAUAUUGUACUUCCAUUCUGUUAUUCAUGUGUGCAAUAAUAUUUAUGUACCUUUAUUAUAUGUGUUAUAUGUGUUAUAUAUUAUUUGAUUAUCAUACCAAUAAUAUAAUUUGUAACUUAUUUUGUAUAAUUAUGUUGUUUUAAAUUAAUAUGUA